AUGAAUACAUUAAAAGAAGUAUCACCAUCAAUUGUUAAACAUGCAAAUGAUCAAUGGGUUAAAAGUUUAUCUACUGGAAAUGGAACAGGACCAUCACCAGGUGAUAAUCCAAUGGCACCAUACGUUAUAACUCACGUUUCACAAGUACAACCAUCAAGACAACAAAUAGAAUCAUUUGAAACUCGUAGAAAUCAAUUAGAUAAACUUAUGCCACCAGGUAAAAAAUUAGAAACCUUUACUUGUUUCUUCAAUCCAACUUCUGAAAGUCAAUUAAAAAAGAUUUUACAAGUUGGUUGGAAAGAGACAUUUGGUGGUAACCCAGAUCAAUUAGUAUUUAUUACAAAUGCAAAUGAAGCAGCACAUGCAAAUAGAGUUCAAUUUUAUCAAACUUUUAUAGUUAGAGUUUGUUUAGGUAGAGAGGGAAUUGAUUAUAGUCAACCAAGUAAAGGUCAUAUUAAAAUUAAAGAUUUGGAUGGAAUUUCAACUUCAUUCGUUGUGACUUAUAGAAAUUCCAAUGACCCAACUCCACCACAAUCACCAAUGAAAGAGAGAGCUGCAACUUCAACUGCUUCAACUUCAAAUCCAUCUUCUGCAAAUUCAACACCAACAAAAUCAAAUGCUGUCACAACUUCAACUUCUGUCGCUUCUCCAACAAAAUCAAAUGCUGUACCAAGUGGUUUAAUUGGUAAUGGUAUCACUUGUCCAUCUUGUCAACGUCAAAAUGCUGGAAAUACUCGUUAUUGUAUUAGAUGCGGAAGUUCACUUUAA